AUGGGAAGGGGAAAGAUUGCGAUCCGUAGGAUUGAAAAUUCUACGAGCAGGCAAGUAACUUUCUCUAAGAGGAGAAAAGGAUUGAUUAAAAAAGCAAAAGAGCUGGCAAUUCUCUGUGAUGCAGAAGUUGGACUUGUCAUCUUCUCAAGCACAGGAAAGCUAUAUGAAUUUGCAAGCACCAGCAUGAAACAAGUUUUUGAAAGAUAUAAUGACUUAAAAGAGGACCAUCAGCAAUUGUUGAAUCCACCAUCAGAAGUCAAGUUCUGGCAAAGGGAGGCAUCGAUGUUACGGCAACAACUACAUAAUUUGCAAGAAAAUCAUCGGCUAUUAAUGGGAGAACAACUUUACGGUUUGAAUGUCAAAGAGCUACAAAAUCUGGAGAAUCAAUUGGAAAUGAGUUUGCGGUGCAUUCGUCUUAAAAAGGAACAAAUAUUAACUGAUGAAAUACAAGAGCUAAACAGGAAGGGGACAAUGGUACAUCAGGAAAAUGUUGAACUCUAUAAGAAGAUAAACGCCAUUCGUCAAGAAAAUAUGGAGUUACAUAAGAAGGCUUAUGGAUCAAGGGAUGUGAACGAAACAAGCGGAAAUGCCUUCAUUCAAUACAGUUUGAACAAUGGAGAAGAUUCUCAUAUCCCAGUCCAUCUUCAACUGAGCCAGCCUGCGCAACGGCCUUCUGAUACAUCAGAAAGAACAACAAGUUGA